ACAAAUCAGAAAUGCAAUAUUUUGUACGUGUGCCAUAUAUAUGACAACGUCAGAACCGUAAAGGAUAAAUACACAAUGCCUGAACAAUUCCGUGCUGUCUUGUAUUAAACAAACCUUUGCAUGAAUUGAGCGCCUCUACAGUAAAGUCUUGACCAGUUGAGAAAACUCGAUAAAGUCGAAGCGUUCUGUGUGAUUGUGUGUUGUGUUUCCUUUGGUGCAAGAAGUGUUUGUACGAGAGAAUCGUGCGUUUGCAAAAUAACGCGGUUUUAUCUAUGUGCCCGGGACAGUGUCGAUAGUAUUUCCAUGAAUCCGAUUACAAUCGGGGAUACAGACGAAGAGGUGAUUGAUUUGGACUCGAGUCAAGAUACCAUCAAUGUUACUGACAAUGAGCAAGGUGAAUGUUCAAUGGAUAGAAAUUUCUUAGCGAAUUUAAGCAACACGGAUGAGACAAACGUGAAUAGUGAUAAUGUGGAUAAUAACAAAGAUGCAUUCGAAACGAAAAGCUGCGAUGAUAGUAAUACAUCGCAGAUACUUUUUAAGGUUAUGUUCCGCGAUGAAAGCGUUUCACGGCGAUAUAUUGAAAGAAUAAAAGACUUUCUAAAGGAAUUAGUAUCUUCCAAAGUUAUAAGUCAAGAAAGCGAUAAUGGCUUAACUUUAGAAGUUUGGGAUAACGAUAAUGCUAAUGAUAAUGAUAAUGAUAAUAAAGAUGACUCUACAAGUCGAUCUAUAGAAAUUGAAACCACAGAGAGUGAUGAUAGUGAGGAUAUAAUAUGCGACACAUUGUUCACUGUAGAUACACAGCCAAAGCUUAUAGAUGAUCUUGAUGUUCCAACUUACGGGAAGAAAUAUGAAGAUGCAUUUGAUAAAACGAAAUCAGCAUCAAGUGCAAAUACAAAGGAAAAGUGCCCACCACGAUUGUCGUGUUUCAAUUGUAAUGGAAAUCAUAAUUUGCGAGAUUGUAAAGUACGACGCGAUCCUGCUGUCAUAGAAGCAAAUCGUAAAAAUUUCAAUGUGAAAGCUUCAAAAACUCUUAGGUACCAUUUGGAUGAUAAUCAGAAAUUUGAUCAUUUAAUACCUGGUCAACUAAGUAGCACUUUGCGUAAAGCAUUAGGUCUAAAAAACAAUGAGUUACCUAAACAUAUAUACAGAAUGAGAAGGCUGGGCUAUCCUCCAGGGUGGUUAGAGGAAGCACGUUUGCAGCACUCUGGUUUGGCCCUAUUUAAUUCUGAUGGUGUCGCCGAAGAAGAUUCAGAUGCUGAACCUGGAGCUAUUAUUGAAGACGGUGAUAAAGAUCAGUUCGAUAUAAAAAAAAUAUUUGACUUUCCUGGUUUUAAUGUACCAGCCCCACCCGGUACACGUGAUGUAGAAGAACCAUAUUGGGGAUCAACAAUGUUGGCAAUUCAUAGUAAAGAACGAAUGUUAAUGACAUUGAGUGGGAAGGAAGCAGACGACGGAUAUAAGAGGAAAAAGCUCAAACUUAACAAUACAUCAAAAGAUACUCCAGCACCUGAACCAUGCGAAAUGGAGAUUGAAAGUAUUGAAGAGUGUACAGUAGAGAAUGUACCUGCUAAUGGACUAUUUAUACCACCGUUGCCAAUCGAAUCUCCUGUAAAACCACCAGAGCCAUUAUUAUCUGAAGAUUCAGAUUAUCACUCUCAAGAAGUACAGUUAUCUCAAUCACCAGAAGCCUGCGCAUCACCGCCACGAACAAGUUCCCCUUCAUUAAACGAAUUAGAGGAUAUGAAACAGCAAUUGCUCGUAGAACUUCAAGAGUCGAACUCAGGUUCGGAGAAAACUAAUUCUUCGGUGUCGAAGUCUGAUAUGCCACCGCCCAGCAAUGAAGUUACUCCAGUAUCGAAUCGUAUUCGUCCUAACGGAGCGAAUAUGAGUCAGGGUAGUGUAAAAUCCGUCGACCUAGGCACACCCGUGUUACAGAGUACUUCGCCGUACAAUAAGUUACCAUCGUCGGAGAAAUUUUCCAAGGACAUUUGUGACAUUAUCAAUUUCGAGAAUCUGCCAGAUUCAACUGGUAAAUACGAGCAAAUGACCGGAGUUCUACAGAAGGUAAGGAAUACAAUGGCAAAACUUCAACAAGAGUAAUAUAAAUUUUUUAGUGAAAAAUACAUAAUAUCGAAGACCUUGUGAACACCCCAUAUGUUGCACAUAUGAAAGCAAAGGAGAGUAAUAAAAUUACUUUCUUUAUUAAAAUAUCUAUGGGCAAAUUAGAUUCUCCAAAUAUUUUGAGUAAAAAAAUGAAACAUACUUUUUUCCUAUAUACAUUUUAAAGUAUUUAUAAUUAGAAAUUAUUAUUUCAAAAU